AUGGCCAACAACUUCUCCGCCUACAAGCUCGUCACCCCGGCCUCGGUCCUCUCCUCCUCCUCUCCCGCCUCCAUCACCCUCUCGGAGCCGCAACAACUCCUCACGGCCUCCGUCCUCGACCUUUUCGCGGGCCACCCCUCGAAACGCAAACUCACGCUCUGGACCGACGACGCCAGUUUUCAUGACCCUCUGACCAACGCCACGGGCCGCAAAGAGUUCGAGGCGCAGUGGUACGGGUUGAAGGCGGCGUUUAGCGAGAUUGAGAGGCUGGGGCUGGAGGUCAAGGGGAAUGGGAAUCCUGUGGAGUUGGGGCUGAAGACGAGGUACAAGGUCAAGGGCGUCGGCAGCGAGCAGACGAUCGAGUCGCAGAUUCUGAUUCACACGGUCGGGGAAGGGGAGCAGAUGCGGAUCAAGAAGGUGGAGGAUAAGUGGGAUGGAGAGAUCAAGCAAGGUGGGCUCAAGAAUGCGCUGAGAGAGCUGAAUAGUAAGUCGGUGCCGCUCGCUGUUAGUGUGCCGAAGAGUGUGGAGGAGGAGGAGAGUGGGCAGUGA